UUUUAUGGCUAGGCGAAUGUAAAAGGGUAUUAUAUUGCGAUGCUGAUUACUGCUGAGCGGUAUGAGUGGUGAUGCAACACGCAGCCAUAAUCUGCUGCCUCGUAGAGAGCGUGUUCGGAGUGACGUCACCCGACGCCGCUAAGUUCAGUCUCAGCUCGCUAUAUGACGCGGCGUUGCCUGUACUGCAUCCCAUCAUCGCCGCCGGCUCUGAUCGAUGCGGCACAUUAAAAAGCCUGCUCGGCAUAACAUACGAGCAAAUGCAAGAGAAGAACCGGACGAACUACCAAGAGAUAACCAUAGACCACAUCACCAAGAACGGGAACAUCAAAUACAACAUGACGGCCGCAAAAAAGCUUAAUAGGUUCAUGUCCAAUGCUGAAACGGUGGUUGUUCUUGUCCAUGGAUUUCUGGAGAGCUCCGAUGGAUGGAUGGUGAAUGCUUUAGCUCCUGAGUAUUUGAAGAAAGCGGGCUAUAAGGUAUUAGCCCUGGAUGGAAGAAGGGCGAUAUCUUAUGAAUAUUUCAGUGCGUCAACACACGCUCGGUUCAUCGGGGAAAAACUUGGCAACUUUCUGAGUGAGCUUGUUGAAGGCGGCCAAGACCCUUCAAAACUGAUCCUAAUCGGCCACAGUCUCGGCGCUCACAUUGCAGGCGUCGCAGGGAAGCGUCUCCAACAGAACACAGGCCAGCAAGCGUCCCGUAUAACAGGCCUGGAUCCUGCUGGGCCCUGCUUCAGCAAAGUUGACGCCGGUGCGCGGUUGGACCGCAGCGAUGCGGCGUACGUCGACGUCGUGCAUACGAAUGCUGGCGUACUAGGGAUUAAAGACCCUGUAGGUAAACGAGUCCUUCUUUUCCUUUACAUAUCUCAAACACAAUAUAGGCCAGCAAGCGUCCCGUAUAACAGGCCUAGAUCCUGCCGGACCCUGCUUCAGCAAAGUAGAUGCCGGUGCGCGGUUGGACCGCAGCGAUGCGGCGUAUGUCGACGGGGUGCAUACGAAAGCUGGCGUGCUCGGGAUUAAAGAGCCUGUAGGACACAAAGACUUCUAUCCUAAUGGCGGCAUGACGCAGCCAGGCUGCAUAUUAGCCACGUGUGAUCACACCCGGGCUUGGGAGCUCUUAGCUGAAGCCAUUAAUGCGCCAGAUGAUUUCCCUG